AGGGGGCCAUGAGCUCGGAGAGAGUGCUGAGCAGGCAUUCAUGAGAUACAGUAAGAAAAGCCUCUUUCCCCCUGCCGCUCGCUUCAGAUGCAGGAACCGACCAGAGUGCGGUGCCUGUGUGUUAGUAGCACAGAGAGAGCAUGACCGGACUGGAAUCUCACAGGAGUGACGGCGCUGUGAAUGAAGCACUGACAGCUCUUUCUUUCUUUCUCCUGUCGUAGCUGUCCUCUGGGCACAGGGGAGAUGGGGAGACCGUUUUAAAGUGAGCCGAAUCGUCUUUGGGCAGAGCAAUGUGGCCAGCAGGAGCAGGGCAUGGGAGCUCAUUGCUGUGUGGAUCAUCUCGCUUCUUAGCCUCCGUUCUGUGAAGCAUCCUCGGUUUUUGUGGGGCAAUGUGGAGCAGAGGCUUUAUAUGGCACUUGGGAUAAAAAGCAGGAUCUUAUCUAUUUUUUCCUUUUCUUUUCUUUUUUUACAAAACAAAACAAACAUAAUUUGGGGGGCAUAGUAUCUUCUUCCUCUCUUCUUCCUCUUCUGUUAACCCCUUCUUUUUGGUAGCAGAGGAAGGGGGAGACUGUGCCACCAAAGGGAAUGUUUCCUGUGCAGGAGAGACUUUUCAGCAAGUAAGCACGUUGUAUUUCCCAACUCCUGGCUGGGCAAGGUUCUUGUUAGCCCACUGGAAGCUUUCUCUACACACUGUAUUCCUUGGCAGGAUGGCAGGCAAAAGAACAGCUGGCAGAAAGCAAUAAGGAGGGGAAGCCAAAUAAGGAAGUGGUCUAUAACACACCCUCCAGUAAAAUAAUCCUACAAAUAUUGUUGACAAUAAUAAUUGUGGAACACUUUUUUGACGUCACAAUGCGCAGAUCUAGCACAGAUGAAUCUACCUAUCACAGGAGCCCAUCUUUGGACAGCAAGGAUUACAGUUUUCCAAAUGGCGCCUUCCGUCGCUACAGCAGCAUGUAUGGUGGCCAGUUUGGGGCUGCAAGCAACUCUUUUUUUGGAUUCCACACCAACCCAGGUCCUAAGGCCACCAAGGCUAAAUACACAUCCCCCAAGGGGAACAAGUAUGUGGUCUUUUACUUGGAUCUCUCCUUUAUUUUUCUUCUAGAACUGAAGAGGUGCAGUAUGGCUCACAACUGCCUGCAGUGCAUUAAGUACCUCAUGUUUGUCUUCAACCUCCUGUUCUGGCUGGGAGGCUGUGGGAUCCUUGGAGUCGGCAUAUGGCUAGCCGUCACUCAAGGGAACUUUGCCACCCUGUCCUCUUCCUUCCCUUCACUGUCAGCUGCCAACUUGCUGAUCAUCACGGGGACUUUUGUAAUGAUCAUUGGUUUUGUGGGGUGCAUAGGAGCCAUCAAAGAAAACAAGUGCCUCCUACUCAGUUUUUUUAUCAUGCUGUUAAUUAUAUUUGUGCUGGAGCUCACCGUGGUAAUUCUCUUCUUCGUCUACACCGACAAGAUUGAUAAGUAUGCUCAGCGGGACCUGAAGAAAGGGCUUCAUUUGUAUAAAACUGAAGGAAACAUUGGCCUCACUAAUGCAUGGAGCAUCAUACAAACAGAUUUCAGAUGCUGUGGAGUGUCAAACUAUACCGACUGGUUUGAAGUGUACAAUACCACACGUGUCCCGGAUUCAUGCUGCUUGGAAUUCAGUGAGAAUUGUGGUCUUCAUUCUCCAGGGACCUGGUGGAAAGCUCCUUGCUAUGAAACCGUGAAAAUGUGGCUGCAAGAAAAUCUGUUAGCAGUGGGAAUUUUUGGAUUGUGUACAGCUUUGGUUCAGAUUCUUGGAUUGACAUUUGCAAUGACCAUGUACUGUCAGGUUGUCAAGGCAGAUACCUACUGUGCAUAAAAAAAAUCACAUCCAGAGUCCAUCUGCCGUGGCUCAUCCUCUCUACAGGAUGAAAGAAGACUCUUCUUCAUGCUCAACAUAAUUUUUUUUCCUAUGUAAAAUAAACUGUAUAAUCCUCUUUGGAAA